CUAAGAGGCCGGGCAUUCUUUCUAUGACGGCACGAAGACACUACACGCUCCCACGAACUCUCUUAACACCUCGCUUUUACUCCGAAGGGACGAUGGCUGGCAUUGCCCAAAUCACCCCCUUCCUGUACCUCAGCAAAGGCAGCGUCGCCACCAACCGCCAGCUGCUCUUAUCCCGCGGGAUCACCUGCAUCAUCAACGCCACCGUCGAACUCCCGAACCUCAACUUCCCCGACUUUGAGUACGUCCGGGUGCCCGUGGCUGACAUACCCAGCGCCCCAAUUUCUCUUUACUUCGACAGCGUGGCAGACAAGAUCCAGAGCGUGGCUCGGAAGAACGGCGUUACUUUGGUCCACUGUGCGGCCGGGGUGAGCCGGUCGGCCACGCUGUGCAUCGCCUACCUGAUGAAGUACCAAAACGUCACCCUGUACGAGGCCUACAACUGGGUGAAAUCGAGGCGCCCGGUCAUACGGCCAAAUGUGGGCUUCUGGAGGCAGCUGAUAGAGUACGAAUGGGAGCUGUACGGACGCAACAGCGUGAAAAUGGUGCAAACUGCGUACGGGACGAUGCCAGAUGUUUACGCAAGGGGAGGGAGGGUCUUUAUGCCUUACUGGGGGAUCUGAAGAGAGGAAAUUGGAGCAGGCGGUGGUGAGGCACCCUAAACUGGCCAGAUCGGCGAGGACCUUCCACCUCUCUUUGGAAAGCAUCCCACUUCUUGGCUCCAGCUCCUUUUGGGUCACCUGCACCUCAGAAGCAUCUUCAAAGCACUAAACCAGCAACCUCUUAAUCAAGGGGGCCUUAAAGCUACAUCCUGCGGAAUCACUUUUGUAAGAAAAAUUGCCUUUUGCAUCUGUAAAGUGGACUCUGCAAGUUCAUUUCAAGGGAAAGAAGAAUUCACAAUGUCCAGUCACUUAAUACGGGGAAGGGACAAUGCACCUAGUAGCUAUUGGGAUAAUUGAGGAUUAAUUAUUAUUAUUAUUAUUAUUAUUAUUAUUAUUAUUAUUAUUUUUCUCACUUGUAAUAAACGUUUUCUUGGCAAACCAUCUCAGAAGGAGGGACCAUAACUCUGUACCA